AUGAAUUUUACCAACUGUACAAGAGCAACUGAAUUUUUUCUUGUUGGAUUGCCACGUGUUUGGGGUAUGGAAAAUGUGAUGUAUGCAAGCAUCUUUCUGAUCUACAUCCUGUGUCUGAUGGGCAAUGGGCUCAUCAUUGUCAUGGUAAUUGUGGACCGCCAUCUCCAGAAGCCCAUGUAUUUCUUCCUUAGCAACCUUUCUUGCAUUGACAUUGGACACACCACAACCUUUAUCCCUAAAUUGCUGGUAAACUAUCUCUCAGCAAAGAAUUCCAUCUGUUUCAACUGCUGCAUUACCCAGCUGUAUUUUUACUUCUUUUUUGGGGUCACGGAAUAUUUUAUCAUCACUUUCAUAUCCUUGGACAGAUACUUAGCCAUUUGCCAUCCUUUGAGAUACACCUCCAUCAUGACCUCUGGGGUCUGCCUGAAACUAGCAAUGGCAGCCUGGUUUGGAAGCUUUUUCUCCAUUCUUUACCAGGAAAUAGUGGUGGCAAACCUACCUUUCUGUACAUCCAACAUUAUCAAUCACUUCUACUGUGACGUGGGACCUGUGUUGAAGAUUGCAGGAGGAGAUAUUAGAGUCAUUGAAGCACUGGGGUUCUUAAUUAUGGUGAUGGUGGUAAUGUCCUCCCUUUUCUUCACCCUUGUUUCUUACCUCUUCAUCAUUUCGACCAUCCUCCAAAUGCCUUCAGCCACCAGACAGCAGAGAGCUUUCUCUACCUGUGCUUCCCACCUGGUUGUAGUCUGCAUGUUGUAUGGGUCAGUCUGUUUUGUCUAUUUAAGACCUACCGUCAAGAACUCUUCUUUCAGUAGGAUGAAGAUCGUUUCUAUGGUGAAUACUAUAGUUGUCCCAAUGCUGAAUCCUUUCAUUUACACCAUUAGGAAUAACGAAGUGAAAGAAGCAGUUUGGAAAGCAUUAAGAAAAAAGUCUCUGGCUUUUCCUAAAAUCUAA